AUGAAGUACGCCACUGUUGCCCUCGCCCUCUUCGCCGCCACCGGCCUGUGCUCCCCGCGCCGCCAGAUGCCGUUCGACGACGACACGCCCCAGAUCUGCUGGCGGCUGUGUGCUACCGAAGAUCUCCAAUGCCCCGAAAACUGGGAGUCGAAACAGUUCGGAGACUGCUGGACCUGCUGCAGGUCUAUCCAGGAAGCUACUGCACAGACUCCUACCACGGCGAAGAACGUCAUCUUCGGUCUUGCUUGCAACUUGAGCAUCACACCUUGUCAGUGA